AAAAAAAAUGGGCAAGAAGACAUCUCGCCCAUCCACCAAGGUCGGCUCGGCCGCAUCGCCAGCCGACGGACUUUCGCAAUCCGGCAGCAAGUCUUCCAUUCUGCGAGCCGCUUUCUCUCCGUCGGAGUACCAAUUGGCCCUUUUCGCGUCCGUUAUCCAGGGCCUGGAUGCGCAGCACCUCCGCAUCCACGAUACCAACACCGGCAGACUACAGUGCGAGCAUGCCUUGGCGCCGAAGGAGACCAUUACCUCGCUCGACUGGGGCUACUAUGGCGGCCAGGGAAAGAAGGGCGACCAGUCCAAGAAGAAGCGCAAGCGCGGGUCUGAUGUCAACGGUAGCGUUGACGGUCUGGACCAGGGAGAUAUCGUUGUCGCAUUCGGUACCAGCACUUCGGAUAUUCGGCUGUAUUCGCCUUCGGAGGACAAGGUCGUUGGCACUCUGACCGGCGUGCAUGACAAGGGUAUCAAGGAUUUCAAGUUUACCGCUGGCCGCCCGGGUCAGGAGGCUUGGAGUAUCGGUGGUGAUAACAAGCUUGUGCAGUGGGAUCUCCGCACUGGCCAGAGCUCAAGGACGAUUCACCUGCCCGCAUCCUCGGUCUUUACUGCUCUCUCUCGUCCCGUUCCCUCCACCACGCCCGUCAUCUGCGCAUCCCAGACCCCGUUCUUAAUAGAUAUUGAAAAUACCGACGAGCCGCCUGCCAAGUUCCCCGCCAUGCGCAACCAGAUUCACACCGUCAUCUCGUCUUCUUCGGAGUCUGCUGGCUCGGGUACUUUCCUAGCAUCUGAUGGCGAGCGCUUCAUCAACGUUUUCGACGCCUCCAACCAAAAGCUCGUCCGCAACCUGGUGGCGGAUCAGGAUGUGUCCUUCGUGUCCCUGUACAACGCUGGUAACUCCGCGCUCGAGACGCAAGUCCUCGCCGCCGUCACCGAAAAUGGAACGAUCGAGUUCUUCACAAAGCCCUUCGCCCAGCCCCAGACUGCGCAGUCCACCAGUGCCAAGGCCAACCGGAAACAGAUGACCCAAAAGGCGAACGCCUCCCUCAAGAUUAUCCGCUCCGAAUCUUCAGAUGCCUGCGUGCCCGUGGUAUCUACCUCUUUCCAGGGCCCUGACAUCAUCGUUGCUUAUGCCGAGGGUGGUGUCAUUCCGGUGUUCGAGCGUGUGAAGCUCGUUGAUGAGACUACUGACGAGCUUGCGUUUACUGGCAUCAAGGCAGUUGUGAAGAGCAAGUCGAGCUCCGCCAUUGCAUCCGUAACAACAAACGGAGGCAAGAAUGCCGGUGAAAGCCAGGUCAACGAGACCCACGCUGUUGUGGAGCAGGGUAACUUUGUGGAUGACGAUAUUGAGAUGAACGACGAUGCCGCCUCCGUGUCCGGCAGCGAGGAGGACUCUGACGAUGAGGAAGACACCAAGCCCGCUACCGAGAAGAAGAGCAAGCCCACCAAGCAGACCGCUGCUGACGAGGACGUUGAAAUGAAAAAUGCCGAACCGGAGGAUGAGGAAGAGGAGGAAGAAGGUGCUGAGCCAUCAUUCGGCGAGCUGCUGCGCGCCAACGCCGGCCAGGAGGUUGAUGUCGAGGCCGAGCUCGACGACGACGUGAACCUGGGCGCCCUGGUGCCUGGCAAGCCCACCGCAGCCGUGCAACAGAUCCCUACCGGCGUGUCACUUGCCACCGUCCUCACACAGUCCCUGAAGACCAAUGACAACGGCAUGCUCGAGUCCUGCUUCCACACCAACGACACCUCCAUCAUCCGAACCACUAUCCAGCGCCUCGAAUCUUCCCUGGCUGCUACCUUGCUCCAGAAGCUCGCUGAGCGACUUUCCUCCCGUCCUGGUCGCUAUGGCCACCUUCUCGUCUGGGUGCAGUGGACCUGCGUCGCCCACGGCGGUGCUUUGGCCGGCCAACCCGAGCUGUUGAAGCGCAUGGCUACCCUGUACAAGGUCAUGGACCAGCGCUCGUCGAGCCUGCCUUCCCUGCUCCUUCUCAAGGGUAAGCUGGACAUGCUGGAUGCCCAGCUUGGUCUGCGGUCAUCGAUGCGCGGUGACGGUGACGAUAUGGAUAGCGAGGAUGAAGACAACGUUAUCUACGUUGAGGGCCAGGAGGAUGAUGAUGACAGCGAGACCGGGGCCAAGCCGCGGACGAAGUCGAUACGCGACCAGGCAUUUGACGAAGACGAGUCUAUGAUGAACGGCGUCGACGAGUCCGAAGAUGACGAGGACGACGGCAGCGAGGAGGAAGAUGAAGACGAGGAGGGAUUGCUGGACAUCGAAGCCGAAGAGUCUGCCGGCUCCUCCGACGCCGAAGAGUCCCUGGAAGAAAACGAGGACGACGAAGACGACGACGGCGCUAGCGAGGGCUCGCUGGUUGAUUUCGUCGCUGAUACAGAGGACGAGGAAUCCGACGAUGCCAUUGAGCAGCCGCCGCCGACAAAGAAGAGCAAGACGAGCGGGAAGAAGGGAGGGCGGACAUAG